UUAGAGAAAGAGUGGACCCACGCACACACAUGGAAAGGUGGGGUGGGGUGGGGAGGGGCAGAGGGAGAGAGAGAGUCCUAAGCAGGCUCCACACUAAGUGGGGAGCCCAGAUCUCACAACUCUUGAGAUCUUGACCUAAGCCAAAAUCAAGAGUCAGAGGCUUAACCAUUGAGCUGCCCGGGCGCCCCCAGGUAAAUAUCUUUUGCUUUAUCUACUAUAUGCAAGCAUGAAUUGGGAUUAUUUUGCCAUAAAACUUCAUUUCACCUAAACUUAGGUUAUUACAAGCUGAUUGUAAACAGUGCCUUCUGAUUAUUACUUAUUUUUUAGGUAUGCAGCUUUGUAAAUUGUUUAGAUUUACUUCAGUGUUUUGAAAUAUAAACAAGACAUUUCACAUACGAUUACAAAACGUUUCUUUUUACAGUCACUUGCUACUAUAGUUACGGUAGUUUUCCGUUUAUGGAGAGGCUUAUUUUAAAAUAAAUUUAUCUAGGAAUAAAAGUGAGUCAAUUUAAAGAAAGCACUCAUUACAUAAUUGUAACAGGUGGCUCGCAGCUACAAUAAACCUAGAGCCGGUGGCAGCCCAACCACCAGAGCCUGGAAAACUGCAGCCAGGAGGGUGGUGGGGAGCGUGCGGAAAGGCUACGGAAACCGGAAAGGCCAAGGAGUAAGCUGGCAAGCGUCAGCCAAGACCAAAUGGAAAAGACCGCCCUGCCUCCAGGCCCAGUGUGGUACAGUGCGCAGGCGCGGCGGUGCGCCUCCGCGGCCUCUGGGCCUCACUGCGCAGGCGCCCGCGCGGCGUGGUCGCCGGCGUGAUCCCCAUGGAGUUACUUUAGCAGAACCGGCACCUCCGGGAGCAUCCGGGAUGAGCGGCGUGGAGGCCGACCGCUGGGCGUGGCUGCUGGUGCUUAGCUUCGUGUUUGGGUGCAAUGUCCUCAGGAUCCUCCUCCCUUCCUUCUCCUCCUUCAUGUCUAGGCUGCUGCAGAAGGAUGCUGAGCAGGAGGCGCAGAUGAGAGCAGAGAUCCAGGACAUGAAGCAGGAGCUCUCCACUGUCAACAUGAUGGAUGAAUUCGCCAGAUACGCCAGGCUGGAGAGGAAGAUCAACAAGAUGACGGAUAAGCUUAAGACUCACGUGAAAGCUCGGACAGCUCAGUUGGCCAAGAUAAAAUGGGUUAUAAGUGUUGCCUUCUAUAUAUUGCAAGCUGCCCUGAUGGUGUCGCUCAUCUGGAAGUAUUACUCUGUCCCCGUGGCUGUGGUACCGAGCAAGUGGAUCACUCCGCUAGACCGCCUGGUAGCAUUUCCUACUAGAGUAGCAGGUGGCGUUGGGAUCACCUGCUGGAUUUUAGUCUGUAACAAGGUGGUGGCGAUCAUGCUUCACCCUUUCAGCUGAAAGAAGACAGUUGCAACUAGGACAUUUUAGGGAGUGGAUUUCCACUGAGUAGGUCACAAAUCUGAUUUAUACUUUUUUUUUUUCCUAAGGAAACAAAAGCACACAGGUUAAUUUUUUUGUUGAAUAUGUUUGUUCUUGGAUUUUAUGUGAGAUAUGAGAGUCACGAUUUUGUACACUUGUCACCGAGCUGGAAGGCCAGGCUCCCCCACGUGUGACCUGGCCAGCAAGUCCCAGGUUUGUUACAAAGAGGGGCCUUGGCGGCACGUCACUGGGGGUGUGCACCAUUGGCGUACUUCAGAGGUCACAUUGCCAACUGGAAAGUCAAAAUUUUCUAACUUAAGUACUUUAAAAAGACUUAGCACUAUUUUUGAUCCAGAUUAGAAAGCGAUUUAAUUGUAAUACCACUACCAGAGUUUGAAGUUUCCCGUAGUCCUACUAAAAGAGUAACACUAAUUGACAUUGCUUGUGUGGUUUUCAUCCUCUGUUUAAAAGGUCAUAUGCGAGCCUGCGUAUAGUAUUAUCUACUUGUUUGAAGUUGUUAACUUUUCAUUACUGUGUUUUGUAAAUGUAUUCAUGAGAUCAUAAUGCAUUGUUUCAUGCUUGAAUUGUGUUUUAUAUUUAAAGCAUUUCAAAUGAAGUGUGUUUUAUAAGCAUUUAAUGUUUAUGCUCUGUAGAAUGGAACAAAGUUAAAAAACAAACUAGGAAUUCUGAUUAAAUUAAAAUGAGUGGAUACAUUUUUUAAAACACUUUUUUUUUUACUGUUGUGUUGCUUUUUUUUUGAAUUCUAAAUGAGAGAUAACAUUAUAUUAGUUUCAAGACUACAACGUAGUGAUUUGAUAUUUGUAUACACUGUGAAAUGAUCACCACAGUAAGUCUGGUUUCCUCAUGUAAAACGCACUUUCAUAAUUAAAAUUUUUGCAAGGG